AUGGAUUUUUAUGGUAUCACUCGUGGUACCAUUCGUGGUGAAGCACUCAAGAAAUUAGCUGAACUUACGGUAGAACAUGUUCCAUCUAACUUGAAAGAGAUAAACACUGGUAUCCAGAAGGAUGAUUUUGCUAAAUUAUUGACAUCAACUCCAAAGGAAUUACCGUUACGUAAAUCUAUUGUUAGUGUAAAUGAGCAAAAAAUGUCCAAGGUUGCCAUUGCUCCUAAGGAAUACGAAACAUUAGUUGCAUUAUGUGACGCGACUGCUAAACCAAUUAAGUUAACCGGUCAAAUUAAGGCCUUAAUUGACAAGUUUAAAGUUUAUUUGUUUGAAUUACCCGAUCAGCAAUUUGCUUAUAGUAUUGUAUCUAAAUCGGUUGCCAUUGCCCCAUGGACUUUACUUGGAGAAAAAUUGACAAUUGCAUUGAUCAAUUUGGCUUAUCAAUCAAACAAACAAUUUUUCGACGAAGUGGUUGAAGUUUUCCAUCAAUUUAUUGAGAAAUUUUUCGAUAAUGUUGAUUUGCAAUUGUCUAACUUCCUUACUUUAACUGGAGUCAUUGACGGGUUAAACCAGAAUGCCCUGUUUUUGACGUAUUCAUCAAGAACAUUUCGAAUUUUCACCAACUUGGAUUCUUCUAUUGAUAAUUCUGAAGUUCUUAGUGAUAUUGAGAAUUAUUCCGAUUAUCUUUAUGAUGAACCAAAUCCAUAUCAAGAGUUGUUGGAACGUGAUUUUUGCCUCAAUUUUUCCCCCAUUCUUUAUCUUGAAAAAUUAUCGAGAUUGAUGUGCUCAGUCCUUGGUGAAAUUUUGAAUUCAAAAUCACAGUCGUUAUUGCCCUUUUUGUUGAACCAAGCAGCCAAGAAAUAUGACGAUGAAAAUGAAGCCAAUGGUAGAUCUAUUGGUCACGGUAAGGAUCAUUUGUCCUUUUCAAGAGCUCAAAUGGAGAUUAUUAAAAUUUUAACUGAGUUGGCAUUGAGAAAGUUGGAAUUUUUGGAUCGAGGUGAAACCUAUAUUGUUUAUUCAACUUAUAAUCGGUUGAAAUUGGGUUUUUUGGCCAAGAGUUUUAAUUUACAAGUUUUGAGUUGUGGAAUGUUUACUGAUAAUUUGGACCUUGAUACUUCAAGGGAAUUGUUCAAGGCCAAUAUUGAGAUUAAGGAUGCCAUGUUGGAUUCUGACUUGGGAUUGACUGUGUUUGAAUUUGGAUCCUUGUUGGUUUUCAAGGACGAACUGAUUGGUCCCUUAUUGACAAGAGCGUUUACCUCGGUUAUUGCUAAUCCAAAAUUGGAGCCACACUAUUGUUUAGAAGCUUCAAAGUGUGUUGGCUUGGGAAGUAAGAGACUACCUCAAGAUGCUGUAGUUACUACAAUCUAUUCAUUAACCAACUUGUUGUUUGUCACUAAUGAAGGAUUGCAAGGACCAUCAAAAAGUGCUAGAAGAGCAACAAGAAACUUUGCUGGUGGUGGCGGUGCUGAUAAUGCAUCAGCAAGAGAAUUUGUAUCAUCACCAAUGUCUUCAAGAAGAACUUCAAUGACUUCAUUUUCGCAAAUGUUUAGCAAGGGCAGUUUGUCGGGUGAAUAUGAUGAAAAUGAUUAUCAAAAAGUUUGUGAAAAUGCCAUUACUGCCAUUGUUGAAGUUUCUGAAGCUUGUGAUGAUGAAUCUAUUCCAGCAUUGGCUUGUACUAUCUUGUCGCAAAAAGUGACCAAGAUCGAAUCAGCAAUUGGACCUUUGAUUUUAAAAGGGUUGUGCUCGUGUGCUCCCUAUGUUCCUGAACGUGAAUUUAUCAUCUUGAUUAGAUUGUUGAACAAGUUGACAGUUGAUUCUUUUGAGCGAAAGAACAUUGCCUUGUUAGGCCAUUUGAAUGAUUCAAGAAUGAUUUUGUCAUCCAAGUUGAAACCAGAUAAUCAUUUGUAUUUUGUUUACUUGCAUGAGUUGUUGAAUUCAAUUAUUAGCAAAGGUGACGUUCAGCAAUUGGAGCACCAUAGGUCUCAUAAUGAAAUCAGUGAAGUUGGAGAUCAAAUUGCUGUUUAUUUGAAACCAUUGGCUGAAUUAUUACCCGAUGUGCAUUUAGGGCAAGAGCCUUUGAAAAUUGAGAAAACUGAAACCAUCAAUUUGUUUAGAAAUAUCUGGUUUAAUAUGGUUGUUCAUGGCUAUAAUUUGAAUUCCAAGAAUUGUAAAGUCUUCAAAGAGGAGUUGGAAAGAAUUGCCUAUAAUUCCCCUCCAUUGGCAUCAGAGAGAUCAUGGGAUAGAACUGAAACAUCAAUUGAAUUGAAUACUGUAUUGCGCCGAGGCUCAUCAAACCACAAUAUCAAAGACCACAAGUCGUUUUUGGGUGAUAUUUUUGAAGUUCAUCGUUCAAUGUCGUACCCAAAGUUGAUGUUUUUAUCGGCCACUGCCCUUUGUGAAGGUUUACGUGUUCGAACUGGUGACUGCUCAAAGAUUUUGUAUUAUUUCACUGAUCCAACGAGUAAGAUUUCUGCUGUUGAUAAAUACUUGGGACCCAUUGCCUUCAAGAUUGUUCGCGAUUAUAUUGGCUUGAUUAAUGCUGGUGCCAAUAAGCAAUUCAGUGCCGACCAUAUUGCUAAUCAGUUGACUACCAUGUUGACAUUGACUACACAUCCGGUUGCAGAAAUGCAAGAUGCCUCUUUCCAAUGUUGUGAUUUGUUGAUAAAUAAAGUAUCAGCUUCGUUGUGUCAUAAAAAGUCCUUGUUUGCCCUUUUUGAUAUUUUGACGUUAUUGUUCCAAAGUAUUGCAGACGCUGAUGUUCAUGAAUAUGGACCAACAACAUCAUUUAGAGCCAAAUGCACUGGAAUUAAGAUCACCAUGUCGGAUGAUUACGACUGGAGAUGUUCCACUUUCAACCGAUUCCAUGAAAAGGCCAAGGGUUGGGUUGAGUUGCUAUUGUACAAGACAAAUAUUGAUGUCAAGAGCUUGAUUCAAUCGUAUGUUGCCGCCAAUGAGGAUUUGCAAUACGAUGCACCCAUUCAAUUUGGACUUUCGUUUGCAUUGAAAAUGUCGGGAGUUAUUUCGUCGCAUGAUCGUGAUUUACAAGGAAUCACAUAUGCCAACAUUUCUGCCUUGGAUACGACACCUUCGAUUGUAUCUCAGUUAAAUUGGCGAUCAAAUUUUGUGUCUCAAUUGAUGAAUAAAUUACCAUUGAGAACUGAUGAAGAAUCUGAUAUAGCCUUCAAGGCCAUUAGAGAAAAGGUGUUCAAUAUCAGGCUGAGAUUGUUUGACCAGUUUACAGAAAAUCCAUCAGAUGAUGAGAUUAUGAGUUUGUUAACGGAAAUUGCUGGAUUAGCAUUGUUAUCUGAUGUCAACAAUGCUGAAUUGGUUAGGUACUUGGUUGAAAUUCCAUUCAUAUUAUUUGAGCCACUGGUUAUGAUUCCAGCAAGCGGCGUUUGGUUUGCUGUUAUGAAGGAUAAACCAAAGUUGAGUAUGUUGUUACUUAGUGAAUUGGCACAAAAAUGGGAGGAAUCGAUUGAAUUAAGAAAAGGAUUAUUUUCUCAAGAGCUUGACAUUGUUCACCCUGAAUUUGAUAGAAUGGAGUAUGCACCAAGUAACCGAGCAACUGAUUUGAGAUUGGCUGAAAAGGCCCAGAGAAGCUUCGGACCUCAUUUGGAAUUGGUGAGAUUAUUUUCGAGUAAUUUUGAAGCCACCUUGAAUCAAAGUGAUCACUUGUUAAAAUUAUUUACUCGAUUUAUUGAAGUUGGGUUGAAAAAUUUGAAAUUUGCUAGUUAUCAUCCACUUUCACGAUUGGUUCGAUUUGAAUUGAUUAAAUUUUCAUUCGAAGUUUUACAAGUUCAUUUGAAAUUGGGAUCGAGAAUUUGCAAGUACUUGACUGAAUUGAUAUUUGAUGGUGCAUUGACUUGGUUCAGGCAAAGAUUUGUUUAUCCUUUUGGCGGUAACAAGUUGAAGUUCAAGAGUGAAGCGGUUGUGAUGAAUGAAGUUGCCAGAAUGGCUAAUGCAGUGUCGGUUUUCCAUCUGAAGGAUAUCGAGAUCAAGCGCACGAUUUUCUUGCAAUUCCUUGAUGAUGAAGUGUACAAGUUCAAUGUUUGGUUAACUUCGUUAAAUCCAACUGAUACUUCAGGCACAAUUAGAGGCUCAGGAAAUCAAGUAACUCGCGUGCAAAUCACAAGUUCAUAUGAAAUUGACCCUAUCUUGGCUAUCAAUUUAGCAAUGAGGUACCAGAGCAAGAGUCAUGAUGAUUUAAUCCAAGAAUUGAUUAUCAAGAAUCCACUCCCAGCCAUUGCAUACCCCGAUGCGGUACCGUUUUUCAUUGGUAUUAACCUUGGUACUCACAUGCCAUCCCAUCAAUUGUUAUUCUGGACACCAGUGUCGCCAAUCGAUGCUAUUACAUUGUUUUUGCCACCUUUUGGUGCUAAUCCAUAUAUCUUGCAAUAUACCAUGAGAUCAUUAGAAACGCAUGAUGUCAAUUUGACAUUCUUCUAUGUUCCACAAAUUGUACAAUCGUUACGUCAUGAUGCUAAGGGGUAUGUUGAACGGUUUAUUAUUGAAACUGCUAAAGUAUCACAACUAUUCGCCCAUCAAAUUAUCUGGAAUAUGUUGGCCAAUAGUUACAAGGAUGAUGAUUCGACUGAGCCCGAUGAUUUAAAACCAGUGUUGGAUAGAAUUCAAGAAACCAUGUUGAAAGAAUUGAGUAAAGAAGAUUUGCAAUUUUAUCAUAAAGAAUUUGGGUUUUUCAAUGAAGUUACUGAUAUUUCCGGUAAAUUGAAGCCAUAUAUCAAGAAAUCCAAGGCGGAGAAAAAGGUCAAGAUUGAUGAAGAAAUGGCAUUAAUUAAAGUUGAGCCUGGGGUGUACUUGCCUUCGAAUCCUGACGGUGUUGUUAUUGAUAUCAAUCGUAAAUCUGGUAAGCCAUUGCAAUCGCAUGCUAAAGCUCCCUUUAUGGCUACAUUCAAGAUUAAAAAGGAAUUGACUGAUUAUGAUGAGCAUGGAAAGCCUCAACAAGUUGAAAUUGAGAAAUGGCAAAGUGCCAUUUUCAAAGUUGGUGAUGAUUGUCGACAAGAUGUGUUGGCAUUACAAUUGAUUUCCAUCUUUAGAACCAUUUGGAGCGAUGCUGGGCUCGAUCUUUAUGUGUAUCCUUAUAGAGUUACGGCUACUGCUCCCGGGUGUGGUGUGAUUGAUGUAUUACCCAAUGCUACAUCAAGAGAUAUGUUGGGAAGAGAAGCGGUAAAUGGAUUAUUUGAAUAUUUCAUCACCAAGUUUGGACCGCAAAAGUCAAUUGAAUUUCAACAAGCCAGAAACAAUUUAGUUAAAUCGUUAGCUGCUUAUUCUGUUAUUUCAUACUUGUUGCAAUUUAAGGAUAGACACAAUGGUAAUAUUAUGUAUGAUGAUCAAGGUCAUAUUUUACAUAUCGAUUUCGGAUUCUGUUUUGAUAUUGUUCCCGGAGGAGUUAAAUUUGAAGCGGCACCGUUCAAGUUGACCCAUGAAAUGGUUAUGGUAUUAGGUGGGAGCGAAGAUACGCAGGCUUUUAAAUGGUUUGAAGAAUUAUGUAUCAAGGGGUAUUUGGCAUGUCGUCCAUACAUGGAAUUAAUUGUGAGAACAGUUGUGCCAAUGUUGGAAUCAGGAUUGCCGUGUUUUAAAGAUACAACUAUUAAGAACUUGAGACUGAGAUUUGUGCCUGAUAAAACUGAUAAAGAAGCGGCAGCAUAUUUUAGGAAAUUGAUUAAGAAAUCAAUGGAGAGUUUCUACACUAAAGGAUAUGAUGAAUUUCAAAGAAUUACCAAUGGUAUUCCUUAUUAG